AUGGCCAGCCUGGCUGAGCGCAGCAAGGACUUGUUUAGGCGCUACGGCAAAAUAGCGCUGGGUGUGCACCUCACGGUCUACGCAGGCUUUUUCACUGGCUGCUAUGUUGCCAUAGAGAAUCAUGUCGAUGUGAAGGGCCCGCUGCAGAAGAUUGGGCUCCUGUCCAGCUCUGCAGGCAAGGAGUACGAUGACACCGCGGAGCAGGCCAGCGAGGACAAGGGCUGGCUGGACAAGUUGCUGACGGGGAGCAGCUCUAGCCUCGCCCUUGCCUUCCUCUGCAACAAGGCGCUCUUCCCCGUCCGCACGCCCAUCACGCUCGCCUUGACACCCGCAGUGGCACGGUGA